AUGCAUGUCCAAUUCCCACCAAAGCCCACUCUCCCCAGGGCUUUCUGGGAUGGAAGGGUAACUAGAGGCCUCCCCUGGGAUUUAUGAGUUUUUCUUCCAGAUGAGACUGAAACCCAGCCACUACCACAGAGCAGUGAUGAAUUGCUCUACUGUGAGGCUGAAGCCCCCUCGGCUGUUGAGAAGGAGAAAGCAGCCCGGGAGAGUUCAGAAACAGACCUCGAGAUUGAAGAUACUGAGAAAUUUUUCACCACCGGACAAAAAGAGUUGUACCUGGAGGCCUGCAAACUGGUGGGCGUAGUGCCUGUCUCCUACUUCCUCCGGAACAUGGAGGAAUCUUAUGUGAACCUCAACCACCACGGGCUGGGCCCCAACGGUACCAAGGCUAUUGCUAUAGCCCUGGUGUCCAACACAACUGUGAUCACCCUGGAGCUGGCGGACAAUUGUAUUAUGGAUGAGGGCGUCCUGAGUCUGGUGGAGAUGCUACAAGAGAACUAUUACCUCCAGGAGAUGAAUAUUUCCGACAAUGCUCUUGGUUUGGAGGGGGCCAGAAUUAUCUCAGAGUUUCUCAAGAGAAAUACCUCUUCACUUGUGAACCUUCAGCUUUCAGGAAAUAACUUCAAGGACGAAGCCGCAGAGCUGUUCUCCCAGGCCCUGUCGGCCAAUUACCGAAUUAAGGCAGUGGAUCUUAGUCACAACCAAUUCUCUGAUAAGGGAGGGGAGUACCUGGGACAGAUGCUGGCCCUCAAUGUAGGGCUCCUGUCGCUGAAUCUGAGCUGGAAUCACUUCUGCACACGGGGAGCUGUGGCUUUGUGCAGUGGCCUCCGGACUAAUGUGACCCUGAAGACACUGGAUCUCUCCAUGAACGGCUUUGGGAACGAGGGCGCUGCUGCCCUAGGAGACGUCCUCAGACUCAAUAGCUUUCUGGCCCAUCUAGAUGUUAGCAGCAACAACAUCGGCAGCGAAGGGAUCUCCAAAAUCAGCAAAGGACUGGAGGUUAAUGAGAGCCUCAAAGUUCUGAAGCUUUUCCUGAACCCUAUAAAUAUGGAUGGUGCUGUUUUACUAAUCCUGUCCAUCAAGAAGAACCCCAAAUCCAAGAUGGAAAAUCUGGACAUUUCCAAUGUGCUGGUGUCCGAGCAGUUUGUGAAAAUAUUAGAUGGGGUAUAUGCCAUCCACCCACAACUGGAUGUGAUAUACAAGGCAGUACAAGGCCUCUCUGUCAAGAAAACCAUCUUCCAGUGCACAAACGCCAUAAAACUGAUCCAGAACUAUGCAGACCAGCACAAAAUCACGAUCUUGGACUUCUUCAAGAGCUUGAACCCUAACAGAAUGAUCACGAUGCCUGUGGGUGAGUUCCGGAAAGCCAUGUUAAAGCAAAACAAGGUCCCCAUAAACCGGUACCAACUCAGGGAUCUGAUAAAGCGGAUGUAUGAGAAGAAGACAGGCAUGGUGAACUUCAGUUUCUUAUCAUCCAUAGAAUCAUACAAUCGCAUUCCUCUGAACGUGCUUUGCCUUACACUUACUGUAAAUGGUGAAGCCAUAGCAACAAGUCUGGCCUGGAAAGAAGUCUCUGUGACAGAGAAGUCCUGGCAAGUCGGAUGGUGA